AUGCCGCCCGUCAACCCGUCCGUCAACUCUGGCAAGCUCGCUCGCAAGAGCGACAAGCCGCUCGACGUGCACUACAAGAUCUCGUCGGAGAAAGGCCUGAGCUCCAUCUCGACCCUCAUCGUUGGCGCCGAAGCCUGCAUGUUGAUCGACCCGCCGUUCCUCAUCCCCGACGCCGAGGACGUGAUUACCUUCAUCAAGGAGAAGACGUCCCUCCCGCUCGCUGCUGUCUUCUCGACUCAUCACCACCCGGACCACUACUUCUCCGCGAACCCGAUCCUCGAAGCUUGGCCCGAAGCGAGCUUCUACGCCGCGCCGUACGUGUGCGACGGCAUCGACCGCGAGUACGACGACAAGAUCAAGUUCUGGCCGUCGAUCUACGGCGACCUCGUGCCGAAGAACCCGCGCAAGCCGACGCGGUACCCGUACAGUUUUGCGGUGUUGCCGGGCAACGCCAACUCGCCCAUCAUCUUGCUCGGUCCGGUCAUUGGCGACACAGUCGACCACUGCAUGUUCUACCUGCCGCGGGAAAAGGUCAUCAUCACGGGCGACUGCAUGUACGGGCGGACGACGCACGUCUGGGCUGCCGAGAUCGAGACGCCUGCGUUCCUCGAGGCGUGGCGCAAUAUCCUCGACCUUAUCGACGGCCUCGAUGUCCAGCGGAUCAUCCCCGGCCACCUCGAGUCGGCUGCCGGACUCGAGCUCGACGCAAACGCGGACCUCGAGCACAACCGCAAGUACCUCGACCUGUUUGCGACCAAGAUCACGUACGCCGAGAAGAAGCCCAAGCCGGACGAGAUCCAGGAGGCGUUCAAGCAGGCCUUCUCGCAGUGCAGCACCAGCAACGACGGCUUCUUCCUCGGAUUCCUGGGAGAGUGCCACGGGGAAGGAGGCAAAGGCUGGCCCGAGAACGAGCACCACAAGAUCCGCGAGCGCACCAUUGCCGACAUGGAGUCGUUCGUGAUCGGUACUGAGGCCAAGUUGGCGAAGAAGCAGUGA